AACAGCACGACCAGUAACGUUGGUACAAAGUACAAUGUCGUAAAAUGAUCGGAUGGCGCACAUUUCAGGCCUUAGAAGAAGACGACAAACGACUACGAUACGCUCGCUACGUGUUCAUCGCGGCAGUGGUAUGGCUGGGCGUGGGUUUGGCGCUUGCGUUCAGUGUGGAACCCAUGGCGAUAGGCAUAGUGUUGGCAGUGCUGCCGUUACCAGUCAUAAUCUGUUACCCGGUGUUCAACUGUUGUGUGAGCAUUCAGAACGAAAACAGGAGACGGGCCAACCAACGGCGACCUGGGGUACCCCCUACCGCACUUCUCAACUUGUAUCCCGAAACUACUGCUGCCACUUCGAAUUCCAACACACCUUCCCGCCCAGGUACGAGUAAUGGCGGACAGAACGCUACUUCACAAGGCGCCGACCUUCCCACGUACCGCGAAGCUCGUUCCACUCAGCAGUACCCAGCCGUACCGCCGCAGGACGUCCCGCUAACCCGGCCUGAUGCCGGGAACGAACCGCCUCCUCCAUCUUACGAGGAUGCUGUGUCAAAUUAAAGUCGAACCUCUCAGGAAUUGUCUUAUUUUCAUGGUGAGAUCUAAAAGGCUUAGAUGUGCUAAUGGUAUUCAUUAGAAUGCUACAUGUAUGGUGCUGGAGAAAAUAAAUACUGUGUUUCCAUAUUUUCUGAGCAUAUGUCGCAUUACAAAUCUAUUUGUAUUCCUUGCUAGCAUUAAAGAGUGGCAGUAGGCAAAUAGACCUCUGCAGUCAAUGACCCGUUCUGUUAGGUGUUUGAACAUUCAAACGAACUUGUGCAGCCAAGCAUUAUACACCUCGCAUUCAAUUUGUAAGAAGAAGACGUAGCUUUGCAAUUAGUUUUCUACACUUUUGUAAUAAAAAGGAAAUUAAUUCGUUACACACCGCAUUCAUUUUAGCAAUAAAAUUGUGGUUUUGUAUUUAAUUUGCGACACAUCGCAUUCAUUUUUGUUAUAAAGAAAUUGUGGUUUUGUAGGUAAUUUGCCUUGUCCUCAAUCUAUUACUUGUUCUUCCAAGUCAGCUUUGCCAAUACAGAUGAUUGCAAUUUUCUAGUGUAACAUAAAUGUAUAUAAUGAUGUAAUUUCUAUAUGAUGAACAUAUGUACAAAUUGCUACGUAUAAUCUAAUCUGCGAAUUCAA